AUGGACGAGGAUCGACUCAUCAUGUUCGAUAGCAACGGUGCUAUUCGCAUGUACGACCCUGAAAAGUAUGACGAACUUGUGAAGACAGUGGAGGUGGAGCGGCGCUACGUGGAGAAGAUGGACGAGUUCCGCGCUCUCGUGCAGCGCACAAUGGCCAUUGUCCAGCGGCUCGGCGAAGCCAUCGAGGCUGAGAAACUGAAAGCGAUUGGAUUCCGAAACAUCGUCGAAAGCGAGGCUGAGGAGCGCUUCCGCGCCGUCCAGGAGGCCCAGAUACGGCUGCGUGAGAAGCAGACGGAGCUAGAUCGAUACGUCGCAGAGUACGAGUCUCUGAAGCUCGUAGAGCAGGAACAGCAGACCUUCUUCCAGCAUCUUAGCCAGGCCAAGGAUUAA